ACGCCGGCUCCUCCCAGCGCAAGUACGCAGGCCAGCGGAGUGCAGUCGCAGGCUCUGGGACCUUGGAGACCCGUGGCUCUCUGGCUGAUGGGUGCUCGGCUGAGCGGCGGCCAGGGCGCCCCAGAGCCCGUGCAGGCCCAGCCCCAGCCCCAACCCCAACCCGGGGCACCCGAGGCCCCUGAGCGGCCCCAGCCUGAACCCAGUCCCUGGGGGCCACUGGACGAUGUGCGCUUCCUCAUCACCUGCACCUCCUGGUACUGACUGGACACCCUCCGCAGUUACUGCCAGCUGCCAACUGUCGUUGUGCUGUUAUGUUCCUCUCUUGUCGUCCUUUUCCAACCCCGGCACCCAGGACAGCCUCGGAGAGUCGAGGAGAUAGAUCACGUAGGACUGGAAGGAGGUCUCGGCAGGGCCUCUUCGGCAGCCUCGCCAUGGGGCACCGGCUCGCCUCUAGUUCCUUCCGAAUUUGUUCGCUUCUUAGCCUGCACCCAAACCAGCUUAAACCUUCGUGCUCACCCCCACCCUACAGCUUCUCCAGCCGUCUGGGUUCUGGGGCACCCCUCCCUGGCCCUGGCUUCCAGAACCAGGCCAGGACUCCUGGUAAGACCCCAAGACUGCUGACCUCACCUCCUCUCGUCUGUUCCUUAUUGCUAAGAACCGGGCUGUUGCUUUUGUCCCUGGUUAUGGCACCAUGUGCCUUGGCUUCGGAGAAGACCUUGCCACAGUGACCCUCCCUGUACUUCUCCUAGGGGGGCUUGCUCUGCCAAUCCUGGAUCCCAGUGAGGCAUUAUCAGGUUGUGUGCCAGGAACCCCAGUAACACUAGGCCUCUGGGGCCAGCCUUUUUGAGAGAGGGGACAUUUGAUUGCUGGGCUGGUAGAUGAGAUGCAUGGGACAGUUCCCAGAUACCCCAAAGCACCCUGUUCCCCCUCUCCCAGAAGUUUCUUAAGGCCACUCCCAGAACCUGAUCCUUGUUCCUAUAUCCUGAGAAAACAACACACUCUGUAUUUUUGUUUUAUUUAGAAAUGAUUUAAAAAACAUUAUACAAAGGCU